ACGUUGGCAACCCUAGGCAUCAGCUGUGUUCUCGAUCGCUCUCUUGUUUUUCUGUUGUUAUUUAAUUGAUAAACUUUCUGCGGGGGGCGCCUCUCCAGAUAACCCCCACUUUUAAAUUAAUAAACCUUGCGCAAUGGUGCAACUAACUAGAAUCCUGAGGAUGGCUUGCCGUGACCAAAACGCCGCCAACUUCUUGAGCGAAGGCAAGAAGAUUGUUGGAGUGGCUCUCAACUACAUGGACGUUGUAAAGGCCAGGAACGUUCCAGUCCCCAAGGAGCCACUCGUCUUCCUUAAGCCCACAUCCUCUUAUUUGCAAGAAGGACAGCCCAUUGUUAUACCCAAAGUUUUUACCAAGGUGGCCUAUGAAGUGGAGUUAGGCGUUGUGAUUGGAAAACCCUGCAAGAAUGUCUCUAAGGCAGAUGCCAUGAGCUAUGUAGCAGGUUACUGCCUGGCUUUGGAUCUCACUGCUCAGUGCAACUUGGGCGCAGCUCGAGCUGCGGGUCAUCCGUGGACCUUGGGCAAAGGAUUUGACACUUCCACGCCCGUCUCGAAAUUUAUACCCCUCGACCAAGUGAAGGACCCACACAAUCUGCCACUUUGGCUGACUGUCAACGGAGUGGUGAAGCAAAGGGGCUGCACCGCUGACUUAAUAUUUAAGGUGCCUGACAUAAUUUCGCAUGUGUCCAAGUACAUGACUUUAGAGCCAAACGAUCUUAUUCUGACCGGAACGCCUAACGGAUCGGAUGCUUUCAAAGCUGGCGAUGUGAUUGAGUGCGGAAUGGCGGAACUGACUAAAUUGACUUUCCAAGUGUGUGGAGAAUAAAUACAAAAUAGCAAAGCUA